AGAAGGAACCGCUCCACCACCCUUAGCUUCUUCUGUUGGAGUGCUGUUCCUCGAGGAUCAUGGUGCCCUCGCUGUGGAAGGGGCUGGUGGGCAUCGUCCUUUUUGCGUUAGCCCACGCAGCCUUUUCUGCUGCUCAGCAUCAUUCUCAUAUGCGAUUAACAGAAAAGGAAGAUGGAUCACUACCAAUAGAUAUAGUUCUUCAAAUGCAUCUGGUCUUUGCAGUUACCUGUUAUGGUAUAGUUCAUAUUGCAGGGGAGUUUAAAGACAUGGAUGCCACUUCAGAACUAAAAAUUAAGACAUUUGACACAAUAAGGAAUCACCCAUCAUUUUAUACAUUUAAUCAUGGUGGUCGACUACUAUUCCAGCCUUCAGAUACAACAAAUUCUUCAAACCAAGAUGCAUUGUCCUCUAAUACAUCUCUGAAGUUACGAAAACUUGAAUCACUGCGUCGUUUGAUUUUUGCAGAUUAUAAUAACAGGACAGGACACAGAACUGGAAUAUUGGAGUUUGGGGUAUAA